AUGGGUGCCUUCUCAUCUAAUCUGGUCACCACUACCAUAUCUGCAACCACCAUCGCCAUCACCAUUGCCAUCACCAUCACCAUCAUCAUCACCAUCACCAUCACCAUCACCAUCACCAUCACCAUCACCAAUCACCAUCACCAUCACCUCUCCACUUCAUUUCCCAACCCGCUUUGUUUCAUUGCUCUAUCUGUGCGCACCUUUCCUCCGCAACACCAGGUGUAA